UCCAACAUGGCGCGGGGGAGGGUUCGGUCCUGAGCGCUCGGACUUCUGAUAAGCGCAGUUCGGCAGUUAGAUUAAACUUUGUCAUCGCCUCACAGUAUAAAAGCGCGUUCUGGGGAAUUUAUGGAGUCGAAUGCUUGACCGAACCUACAUUAUACACUAGUUCUGAUGCUCUGCCGCAGCAAUGUUCAGCAAAAAGAAGAAGCAGCGCAUUCAGAUCUCAGCUCCCUCCAACUUUGAGCACCGUGUGCACACUGACUUUGAUGAGCAGGAGCAGAAGUUUGUGGGGCUUCCUCGCCAAUGGCAGAGCCUCAUCGAAGACACGGCCAAAAGGCCCAAGCCUUUUAUCGAUGCCACAGUCAUCACCACUGUGGAGCCUCGCAAGGCCAUAGUGCGAGGUAGUAAGAUAGGAGUUGACGGUUCUCUGACGUGGCUCCUAGAUGAGUUUCAAACCAUGUCAGUGAUCCGUUCGAACUCGCUGCGACGGGACAGUCCUCCCACACAUCCUCGCAGAGACUCUGGCUCCUCUGGGACACAGGAGAACGGGGAACAUCAUCAUCAUCGGCCUCAUGAUCAUGUAGGCGAGAGCAAAGAGAGAGAGAAAACACGUCCCGAUUCCCAGAGACCACCUCGAACCCACAGGGAAGAUGGAAGACCAAUGCAGCCCCAUGGCCAAGAGCCAAGCAGACACAAAGAUCAAGAACGACCCACUGGACCUCACGCACCACCUCACAGAGAACGAGAACGAGAUCACCAUAAUCCAGUGGUCUGGAGGGAAGUGGCAAAUGACAAAAGGCCAAAAUCCAGCUACACAAGUCAGGACGAAAGACCACAGUCUCCACGAGACAAGAGACCUCUCUCUGGACCAAAUGUUCGAACCCCCAAUCUGCCUCUUACAGAGGGUAUAAUGAAGCCAGCUCAACAAAGUCGGCCAUUUAACACUUACCCCCGCACUGAAAGUGACUCUGCACGAAAUCCCAGCAAUCAGGACCUGAAGCCAGGCAGGACUCACGAUCCUCCUCAAAAUGGCCCGGCCAGUGGAUCAAGCCGAAGUGGAAGCAGUGGGGGUAAGGGCUCCUCCCAGCAGCAUCAUGCCUCUCACCCUGCUUUGGGUCCAGAACCUGCUCACAGCCAGCCAUUACUUCCAGCAUCUCGACCCACUGUGCCUUCUGGACCACCACAGCAACCUCAACGUGUUUCUCAUGAGCAGUUCCGUGCUGCCCUGCAGAUGGUGGUGGAUCCUGGUGACCCACGCACCUACCUGGACCAUUACAUCAAAAUAGGCGAGGGCUCCACUGGUAUUGUGUGUAUUGCAACAGUUAAGAGCACAGGCAAACUGGUAGCUGUGAAAAAGAUGGAUUUGCGCAAACAACAGCGUCGAGAGCUGCUCUUUAACGAGGUGGUGAUCAUGCGAGACUAUCACCAUGAGAAUGUUGUGGACAUGUACAACAGUUACUUGGUCGGUGAUGAGCUCUGGGUCGUCAUGGAAUUCCUUGAAGGUGGAGCGCUCACUGACAUUGUCACACAUACGAGGAUGAAUGAAGAGCAGAUCGCCACUGUGUGCCUGUCUGUGCUUAAGGCUCUGUCAGUGUUGCACGCUCAGGGUGUCAUCCAUAGAGACAUUAAAAGCGACUCUAUUCUACUUACUCAUGAUGGCAGAAUAAAGCUGUCUGACUUUGGCUUCUGUGCACAAGUUUCAAAAGAGGUCCAACGCAGAAAGUCAUUGGUUGGAACUCCAUAUUGGAUGGCACCUGAGCUCAUCUCAAGACUGCCAUAUGGACCAGAGGUGGACAUUUGGUCUCUUGGCAUUAUGGUAAUUGAAAUGGUAGAUGGAGAGCCUCCCUAUUUUAAUGAACCUCCACUCAAAGCAAUGAAGAUGAUUCGAGACAACUUACCACCCAAACUAAAGAACCUUCACAAAGUCUCACCGCUUCUAAAGGGUUUCUUGGACAGGAUGCUUGUAAGGGACUCUGCCCAGAGGGCCACAGCUCAGGAGCUCCUCAAGCAUCCAUUUCUCUCUAAAUCUGGCCCUCCCUCUUGUAUUGUGCCCCUCAUGAGGCAAAACCGCAUGAGAUGAGCACAAGAGUGACAACCAUUCCACCAGGAGCUUUUGUUUAUCUCAAAGAACGGACCCUUUGAGGCAGGAGGUUUGCAGACAAGUGUGGCUCUGCAUGCUUUGGUUUUCAGAUUAAGCAUUUGAAAAUACUUGCCUCAAAAUACUAUAAACACUGCUGUUGACUUGAACUGAGGCUUUUCGAAGGGACUAAACUGAAAGAAGCUCUGCAAGGACAACACUGAUGAUUUUACACUAGUUGUAUGAUCACUGGAAACCUGUUGCUUUGGUAAAGUGAGAAUUGAGUGUCAGUGUUCCUCUUUUACUAAGGAGGGUUUUUAAUUGAUUCUGUGGUUUGAAAGAUCUCUCACUGACUGUGUUUCUGGGUGAAGCAAUUACUAUCUCCCUUUAACAUCUGGGACUUUUUGGAUCUGCUGUCUCCCAUAGCCCCAGCCCGAAUCCCCACCCACACAGUGGAAGUAGUGCUCUGUUUCUAAACUAAAAUUUCACCUCCCGCAUUGUAACCACUUUCUGACUUCUAAGCAAUGUAAAGAGGAAAAUAACUACUGAAGAGCUAUAUUGUACUUUAUCAAAAGUAAAAAAAACACUAGGCUUCUGUUACAACCCUAGACUAGGUCAACACUGGAUGUGUGCUUUUAAUUCCUUUCCAAGAUUUUGUGAAUUUUUUUUUAUUAUAAUUUUUUUUUUAAAUAUAUAUCUUUUGGGUGACAGUGAAGAUAUUUUAAGCACUGUUUUAGGAUUAAAGCUGCACUCCUGGUUUUUUUUUUCUUUCAACCCAACACUAAAUAUACAGGAAAAUCCCUCGUCCCUUUAAAACAGUAUGAAAUGUCACCAAAUAUCUAAAGGGAUCUCUUACCAUGUAGCUCUGCAUCUCGACAUACUGUGUACAUUCUUGUGCAGAAUUCCUUUUAACAUGUGAAGUGUACGAGUGAAACUUUCAGGACUGUGUGAACAUUCAGCUGGACCUAUGUGUCGUAUUCAGGCAGAACUUGUGAUUGUGAAAGCAUUGUCAAUUAGAAGAUGAACUAAAUCGGAUGCAUGAAAUCAAACGCUAUCCUGUAGCACUCUAGGCAUGGCACAGUCCUAUGUUCCUCAGUCUAAGCCUUUGACUGUUCAGAAGCUGCUGUCCCUGUGUCCUGCUGCAUAUAAACACUAACAAGAACGGCCUAAAGUGAUGUAGCUUUGGGCUUGUUUAAGCACAAAUGCCCAUUUUAGUGCAGGGCUCUGUAAGUAACUGUGCCUUUAUAUUCUAUUCCCAAGCUUUUAAGGCUUGCAUGAGAGCACAUUCGCUUGUACCUAGACAGCAACCUAAGAUGUGACACUAACUGAGAGAAUAACUGUAAACUUCUAAAUUUCACACUACACCAAGCAUAGAGUGUGCUUGUGCUGUUACACGUUUCAGCCUUAAAUAAGCAAAUUAAUCAGUUGGGAGUUUCUUCUUAUAAUAAUACGAAGAAGUAAUAUUUUUUCUAAUAUACGUAUGUAGAAAAACUGGAGAUGUUGCAAUGCAAUGUAUAUGAUGUGAGAGUUUUUUUUAAAUCUUACUGAUGCCUUAACAACUCUCAUUCCAAUUGUAGUCAAAUUCGUUAACAAAUCAAUCCAUGUGUAGAUCUAGACAACAAAUGUUACAUUUUUUAUUUUAUUUUUUGUUUGGAUUUUUUUUUUUGUUUAACUAAUAAUACUUACCAGCAGCUUUUUUUCCUUACAAAAAAGUGCUCCAGUUUUUGGAGUAGAAACUAAAAGACAAUCAAACAUCUGAGUAGCAUAAACAUUUCUUACAGUGAAAGUAGAUUAACUUGUGUAUGUACAAAUGAUCCUUCAGUGACCAAAUAGCAUUCAUGAUAUUUUUUUUUUAAACUGGGAAUUGUUUGUAAGUAUUAAGUUGAUCUAGGAACAAGUCAUUACUUUAUUCCUUAACAGCCUUAAUGCAGUUAAAUCCUCCACACUACUCAGUGGCACAUGCAGUUGUCAAUAUGCUUUCCAGUGUGUGAUUACUGAGUUCUGGCCCAAAAAAAUAAGUCUCUCAAAUUGAAAUCUUUCUUUAACAUAAAAUGUUAAUAAUAUCAGGGCAUGUCUUGAAAACUGCAAGUGUUGCUUUGCUGUUAAAUGGGAAAUACUGUAGUGUGAGAGAUGUAAAUGUUCAGCUCAUUUAUACAUGUAUAUGAAUUUGUGUUUGGAAACAUCUUGUACCAUUCUGUCCAUCUCCCAAGUCACGAUUCUGCCUGUGUUCAUUAACUAGGUACAUUUCUGCAUUUUGAAGAUGCACAAAUGGGUUUUUACACCAUUAUUUCAUUUCUCUAUUUGCUAGUAAUAUAAAUGUUGUUGAACAUAGACUGUGUUCCGUACAGAUCAUAUAACUGUAGAAAUGCCUCAUGCUCAGUACACUUUCACUACAUGUGAGCAAUGCGUCAUCUAGGUUUUCCUGAUUUCAUUGUGUUUAUUUAAAUCAGUUGUACUGAUACAGAUGUGGUACUGGCAUUGUACAUUAUGAAUUGCUUUCCUUUCAGAUCUGUUAGUUUGCCAAAACCGCAAGUCCAGGUAAUGGGCUCUGCUUAUUCAUACAGCGUCUGUAUCAAUACAUUCUGAAACCACCGUCUAUGUUUGAGUGUGUGUGUAAUUUAAAGCAAUAUCUGUAGUUCUGCAAUGUGUAAUUUUAGCGUUUAAACAGUUUGUUUUGGUUUGAAACGACUGAAUGGGAGUACACUUUAAUGAGCGAUGGCAUGUAAACAAUGAUUCAAAAGUUGCGGUCUUUCUUAGCUGGCAAACCCAUGAUUUUAGAUUCAUUUCCUCAGACACAAGCUCUUACUCCUGUUUGGACUGCGACUACUAUUGACUGGCCUGUUUAUGUUCGUGCCUCAGCCAGUUCAGUCCUCUCAUUGUGUUAACUCUAGUCUUGCAGAAAUUUUACUUUUGGUUGACACCUGAUGUCAGUUCCCUUCAUGAUUUGUGAUAUUAUAUUGUUAAAAUGACUUCCUCCCUCUCACCCUAUUUUUUUUUUCUCGGAAUACACUUUUCUGCGUACAAA